AAUGUCUUUAGCUGCAAAAUUGAAAGCUGUCGAACAUUUUCUGCCAUCGAAUGUCAUCAAGCAAAUCAAAACAUCUUCUUUUUUGAAUGCAAUCACACAUAUAAACGAAGUAUAUGACCAUAGUUUUGUGCCAUAUCUUCUUAAAGAUAACUUUGCGGCAAAAGGAAUGCCGCUAACUUGCGCAUCAGCUGCAUUACGUAAUUUUGUCAGUCCUUACGAUGCAACAGUUGUAACUAGGUUACGUAAUCAGGGCUAUGAUGCAAUUGGCCGAACGAAUAUGGAUGAGUUCGCAAUGGGGUCUGGCUCUGUUGAAAGUAUUUAUGGUCCGGUACGGAAUCCAUGGACGGUCUUGAAUUUAAACCAAAAUCAAACUCAUGAAGAUUUUAUUAUCGCCGGCGGAAGCAGUGGCGGUAGCGCUGCAGCGGUUGCCGCAAAUUUAGCCCCAUUUGCCGUGGGCUCCGAUACAGGAGGUUCAAUUAGAUUACCGGCAGCUUUUUGUGGCGUGUUGGGUUUCAAACCCUCGUACGGCCUAGUUAGUCGACAUGGCUUGGUGUCUAUGGCUAAUGCAUUCGACACACCCGGGCUGUUCUCAAGAAGUACAGAAAUAAUUGAAGAGAUUUUCAAGAUUUUGAUCUCUGAGGGCGACUGCCCAUACGAUGCAACAUGUGACACUUCUAUUCUCAUACCGCCCAACGAAUCCAAUUCAACAGCGCCGCUAAGAAUCGGAAUCCCUGAAGAAUACCACGUGGAAGGCCUAUCCGAUGAAAUUUGCCAAGUUUGGGAUGAGUUUGCAAUUGAGUUGAAGAAUAAACUGAACUGGGAAGUUGUGAAAUGUUCGCUGCCUUUAACCAGACAUGUCAUCCCGUGUUAUUCGGUUUUAGUAGCUGCUGACGUCGCUUCGAACAUGGCAAGAUACGAUGGAAUCGAAUUCGGAUCUCGAAUUGACGAAAACGAUAUUCUUGAUGGUUGCACUAAUGUGUACAAAGAAACGAGGACUCGGUUUUUAGGAGAUACCGUAAAAAGAAGAAUUUUAUCUGGAAAUUACUUUUCAUUGAAGAGUAAUUUAGACGAUUUUUACGUAAAAGCUCUGAAAGUGAGAAGAAUCGUAUUUAACGAGUUCGAAAAUUGCUUUGUGUCGAAUAAGCUCGAUGCGUUGUUGACACCGGUGACAUUAGACGUUGCUCCUAGAUACUCGGAGUUUGUUCAGAAAGACAUGCACAAACAAUCAGAAUUACAGGAUGUUUUGACUUGUUCUGCAAAUCUAGGAGGGGUUCCUGCUUGUUCUUUUCCGGUCAAGAUGUCUCAAAAGGCUAAGUUACCAAUUUCGCUUCAGCUUAUGAGCCGUUUUGGAAACGACAUGUUGCUGUUAGAAACUGUGAAAAAGGUUUCGAAAUUGACUAAUUUUGAUUAUACUGAAUUAGAUGAAGCAAUUAUAAGUUACAAUUAACAUAAUUAAACAAGGGUAGUCCGUUGCGGUGCAAGUCGCACAAAAUUUUCCGCCAGAACGAUUAAAGCAAGGAA